AUGGAAAAGGAGGUCCAAAGGACCGCUGAAGGAAAUAUCACCUUAAAAAUUAGAUCGAACCCUUCACCCUCAGGAGCCAACAUGGGUCGCGUUCGGACCAAGACCGUGAAGAAGGCGGCGCGAGUCAUCAUCGAAAAGUACUACACCCGCCUGGGCAAUGACUUCCACACCAACAAGCGCGUGUGUGAGGAGAUCGCCAUCAUCCCCAGCAAGAAGCUCCGCAACAAGAUCGCGGGAUAUGUUACUCAUCUGAUGAAGCGAAUCCAGAGAGGCCCUGUGAGAGGUAUCUCCAUCAAACUGCAGGAAGAAGAAAGAGAAAGGAGGGAUAACUAUGUCCCAGAGGUCUCUGCUUUGGAUCAGGAAAUUAUUGAAGUGGACCCUGACACCAAAGAAAUGUUGAAACUCCUGGACUUUGGCAGUUUGUCCAACCUGCAAGUUACCCAGCCCACAGUUGGGAUGAACUUCAAAACACCAAGAGGAGCUGUUUAAUAUUUACUUUUGCCUUCUUUCCAAUAAACAUGGGAAUGCCCCACAAAAAAAAAAAAA